AUGGAAGAUGGUUCUGUUUUCUAUGGCUUUAAAAACAUUUUUGUUACCAUGUUUGCUACUUUUCUUUUUUUCAAGCUUUUAAUUAAAGUUUUUUUGGCUCUCCUAACCCAUUUCUAUAUCGUCAAAGGAAAUAGAAAAGAAGCGGCUAGGAUAGCAGAAGAGAUCUAUGGUGGAAUAUCAGACUGCUGGGCUGAUCGAUCCCCACUUCAUGAAGCUGCAGCCCAGGGGCGCUUACUGGCCCUUAAAACUUUAAUUGCACAGGGUGUCAAUGUGAACCUCGUGACGAUCAACCGGGUGUCUUCCCUCCACGAGGCGUGCCUGGGCGGUCACGUCAAUGGAGUGACAGUCCAUGGAGCCACACCCCUCUUCAGUGCUUGCUGCAGUGGGAGUGCUGCGUGUGUCAACGUGCUUCUAGAGUUCGGAGCCAAGGCGCAGCUCGAGGUGCACCUGGCAUCCCCCAUCCAUGAGGCAGUAAAGAGAGGUCAUAGAGAAUGCAUGGAGAUUCUGCUGGCAAAUAACGUGAACAUUGACCAAGAAGUGCCCCAGCUUGGAACUCCCCUGUAUGUGGCCUGCACCCAUCAAAGGGUAGAUUGUGUGAAGAAACUUCUAGAAUUAGGGGCCAAUGUUGACCACGGGCAAUGGCUGGACACCCCCCUCCAUGCUGCGGCGAAGCAGUCUAGUGUGGAAGUCGUCCGCCUGCUGAUAGACUAUGGGGCUAACCUGAAGUGCAGAAAUGCUCAGGGCAAAAGUGCACUUGACCUGGCAGCCCCCAAAAGCAGCGUGGAGCAGGCCCUCCUGCUCUGGGAAGGCCCACCUACUCUUUCCCAGCUCUGUCGCCUGUGUGUCCGGAAGUGCUUGGGUCGAGCAUGUCAUCAGAGCAUCCACGAGCUGCAUCUGCCGGAGCCACUGCAGAGAUUCCUUCUCUACCAGUAG